CGGAAUUCGGACCAACGGCGAUCCACGAGGUAGCUCGUCGUCUUCCUGGCAGAAGCUGCCCUUCCUCUGUUCCCGGCUUCUCGCCCCGGCCCCAAGCUCAGCCAUCUGCCGGAAUCCAGGGAACUUCGUCUCGAACCUUCUCGGAAGGGACCACAACCCCAUUCUUCCUCCUCCUCCCCAAAACCCUAGAUCCCCAAACCCACCCGGCCACCGCUUCAUGGACUAUCCAUGGCGCUUCCCGCCCGGCGCCGGCGCCGACCUUUGCCCCAUCUGUUCCGCUCCCCACUUCCCCUUUUGCCCGCCUCCGCCUCUGCCGCCUCACCCCUUCCCGUACGAUUUCCACCCGCCGCCCCCUCCUCCCCCGCCGCAGUACCAUGCCCCCUUCCACCCGCCGCCGCCACAGCCGCCGAUGUGGGCUCCUCCGGGGCCGCACCCCUACGAUCUUCCCGACAGGGAAGGCCCCCACAAGCGGAUGCGCAUGGGGGAGGCCCCUCCUUUCGAUCCGUACGCCCCGCCGCCGCCUCCCCAUCCGCCGAUGCUGGGCAGGGAUUCCGUGGAGGGCGAGAGGCUGAUUGGCCUGAUCCGGGAGCACGGCCAUGGCCAUGGCCGCCCUCCGCUGCCCCCUACACAGCGCCAUGGCGAACUGUACCCACACGAUGGUUUCGGUUAUGAAGGUGCUAGAGGUUAUCCUCCUCAAAAUUAUAUUAAUACAUAUGCGCAGGGAGGUAAUUCCACAGAUUACGAUCACGAGAGAAGGUUGCAAGGUGGUAAUUUUGCUGAUUACGAUCAAGCGAGAAGGUUGCACCCUCUGCCAAGACACUAUGACUCGGGUUCUGAUUUUGUGCCGGUAGGAGGAUCCCGAGAGAAGUAUUUUGACCUUGAUCACCAUUACCAUCAAUUCCAUCAGGAGGCAUCUCCUGGUGCGUCAUCACUUCCCCCAGUGCCUCAUUAUGCUGAGGCAGGAAACCAUUAUGAUUCUCGUGAUUGGCGUCCUCAUGCGUCUGUUGUGCCACCACCACCGGAUCCCCCAGUGCCUUCUCCGCCAGAUUACCAUGCUACGCCAUCUCUGCAGGCUGUAAAUUCAUCAUUAUUUCCUGUUCUUUCUGGUUCUCCAGCUACAACAGCACUUCCUCCUAGUGAUCAUACAUUGCAUCAAUCCCACCUGACUCUGAAUGCAAAUUGUUGCAAUGGAACCGACCACAGCGAGGGCUUAGAUUUGAUAUAUCGACCACACCCAGAGCAGCAUCUGAGAGAUAGAAAUCCAACACAAGUGAAGCAUUCUUUCAACAGUACAAAAUUAAAUACCAUCAAUGCUUGUGAUUUGUUCAAGCAGCCCCUUCGCGCUUCACGCCCUGACCAUAUUGUUAUCAUCAUGCGAGGGCUUCCAGGUAGUGGAAAGAGCUAUCUGGCGAAGGCACUGCGUGAUCUUGAAGUUGAGUGUGGUGGAAAUGCACCAAGAAUUCACUCAAUGGAUGACUAUUUCAUGAUUGAGGUUGAGAAGAAGGUUGAAGGCAGCGAAGGGUCUAAAUCUUCUACUGCAUCCAAAGGAAGGAAGCAAUUGACCAAAAAAGUGAUUGAAUAUUGUUAUGAACCUGAAAUGGAGGAGACAUACAGAUCAAGCAUGUUGAGCGCAUUUAUGAAGACCCUUGAUGAAGGGAAUUUUACAUUUGUGAUUGUGGAUGACCGCAAUCUGCGGGUAGCAGAUUUUGCUCAAUUUUGGGCAAGCGCGAAGAAAUCUGGCUAUGAGGUGUACUUGCUGGAAGCACCAUACAAGGAUCCAACAGGCUGUGCGGCUAGGAAUGUGCAUGGGUUUACAAUAGAUGAUAUCAGAAAGAUGGCAGCUGACUGGGAGGAGGCUCCACCACUAUAUCUCCGAUUAGACACCCAUUCAUUAUUCCAUGAUGACAAUCUUCGUGAGCAUUCUAUACAAGAGGUGGAUAUGGACAUGGAUGAUACUGAUGAUGCCAAUGACACAGCAGUUAGCACUGAGACUGAAAACUCAAACAAGGCUAUACCUGAGUCGACAGGUGUUGCAGAUCAAGGGGAGAAGUGGGACUCAUCAGAUGAAGAAGACCUAGAUGACAUUAAAGAGCUGGGACAGAGUAAAUGGUCAAAAGAUUUUGAUGACGAUACUGAGAAGUCCAAGCACACAGAGGGAAAUACACAUGCUCUUUCUGGACUGGCACAGACAUAUGGCACGCGUCGAAAGACACUUACGUGGGGUGAUCGGCUUGAAAAGGGUGGAUUCUCUAUUGGUGCAGCCAAAAGAAGACGCACUUCAUCUUUAAUCAUUGGCCCUGGAUCAGGGUACAAUUUGGUCUCCAACCCCUUGGAUGAAGAUAGUUCUACAGAGACGAAGGAUAAAGUCAACAACGAAACAAAAAGACGAUUCUGUGAGCAGCUUCGUGAUGAAGGUCAAUCCUUCAGGGCAGUUUUUGACAAGAGAAAGCAGCGUGUUGGAGUUUUUGAGAAUGGGAAUGAUGAGUAAUGGUCACAGGGAAGCCUAUAAUGGCACCCUCCAGUUUUCUGGCGGCUGGAUAUGCCUCGGGGACAAGCGCAUGCAGCUCGGAGUCUUGUUUUACUCCUUUGCAAUUUCGCUGUUUGGAGAUUUGCUGGACAUGGAUGCUUGUUCGGCCUCUUCUGUACUGCUGCCUGCUACCGGUCCUUGCAAGUCUUGAUUCAGGAGGCAAUUUAGUUCCCUGUGCUGUUUGCACUCCGUCUCGGGCCACGCCCACAGGAAGAAUUGAUGCGAAGUUGGUACCCUUUCCGCUUGGUGUACUCUAUCUGUAAGAUGUAAGCUGUCAGCAAUCUGAAAGCUUUUCCCUCCUGUGAAGUUAUCCAGGGGUUUGCUAUUUCACGAGCACCCCCAUAGAAUGUAUCAGGAACUGAAUGAUCAUUUUAGAUUCAAUAUACGACACGGAAAUUUCUUGCUCCACCUGUAAAUCUGGAUAAUUUUUGUUUGCAUUCCUUCAAA